CGCAGCCCCCUAUUCUGGGAGCGGGCCCCGCACUAGGGCAGUUUGGGGGCACCGGGGGGGGAUUCUGUCUGUGCCACCUGCUGUCUGUCAAUAAAGCUCUGGCCGUUGCUCAGGCUGCGUGCGUGGGGGGCGCCGGGGCUCAGCUGUCGCCGCGCGUCACUGGCGGGGAGGCCAUGGCCGGGAGCGGGGGCCGCCUGCCCCUCGCCCUGCUGGCCACCGGGGCCGGCUGGGCGCUGGCCCUGGCCCGGGCCCUGCUGGUCCUGGCCAGCGAGGGCUGCGCCUGGCUGCUGGGCGCCCCCUGCCUGCGGCGGGCGUAUCACGCCUGGCUGGCGGGCGCCGUGGUGCUGGGGCCUCUGCUGCACCCCCUGGCCGACCCCCACGGCCUGCUGGCCAAUCCGCACAACUUCUUCAGCCGCACCUUCGCGGCCUCGGCCUGGGGCUGGACCUGCGUCCUGGCGGGCGGCUUCGCGCUGCUGCUGAGCUACGGGGCCACGGGCCGGGCGCUGGCCCCGCUGCGCCCGCUGGCCCGCCUGGCCGUGGGCUCGGGGCUGCAGCUGGGCGCCGCCGCCGCCCUCGGGCUGCUGGAGGAGCUGCCGGGCUGCCUGGCGGGCGGGGCCCGCGGGCGCGGCGCGCGGCCCGGCUUCCUGCUGACCUUCUGCUGCCUGCUGCUGGCCGAGGAGCUCGCCCCGUUCCGCCGCUACCUGGCCCGCGGGCACCCGGCGGGCUCCGCGCUGCGCCUCGUCUUCCUGCUCAACGCGCUGCUGCUGGGGCUGCUGAGCGCGCUGCUGCUGGGCGCCGCCGUGCACGGCCCGGCCUACGGGCCCCAGCUGCUGGGCGCCGCCGCGGCCACCCUGGCCUGGCACCUCACCUACCGCGGCUGGUACCGCGCCCGCUGGUCCCCGGGCCGCCCGGCCGCCGGCCUCUUCCCCAAGGGCGAGCCGCGCGCCUGAGGGACCCGGGCCCCCCGGCUGGGGGGGUGCGUGGGGGGAGGGGGAGCUGGCCUGCU